AUUUAUCCAUAAUUAAUUAAGCGAAAAUAAUAAUUUACAAUGAAUAAAAAAGACUAUGAACCAGCACCAGGUGAUGGGAUACGUUCACUCAGAAGUACAACAUUAUUUCGUGCGGUUAAUUACGAAUUAUAUAUUAAACCGAAUAAAGGAAUAAUGCUUUUUGGAACUAUAGCAAUAUGCGGUUGUAUAGGAUACAUAAUGUUUAUGCGACAAAAUCAUGAUGGUGCGAAGUACUACUCUGCGGUAACAGCGGACGGAACAGUUGUUACGAAAAAGAAAACAUCCAAAUGGUCCGAGUGAUUGAAAUUAAUUUACGUAAAUUAGUAACAUUUAUUUAUUGUUGAUAAUGUUAUUUAUACACUAUAUUUUAUUUCACAAUUACUAAUUUGUAGACUACUCGUUUCGUUUAUAUGCGUUUCAAUGAUAUGUAAAUAAACAUGUAUAACAAUAUGUGUAACAUAUAAAUGCAACUAUAUUUUGUACAUAA